GCAGACCCCAGUCUUGCCGCGGCGGUCGCCGAGUGCGCACGGCUCCAUUCCUUGUCCGCUUCUCGUUCGUCUGAUCGGUGAUAUACUCGGUGAUAUAUGCCCGGUUUUGCUCGUGGCUCGGUUCUAACCCGGUUCUGGUGAAUAAGUCUAUAAGUGAUCAACGGAGGAGGCUGGCAAGUGCGCGCGACCGAGUUAACUGGAUGCCAACCGUGAUCCAACGACAUCCAGUAGAAUAAACACCUCCGGACAGGAGAUAAAAGAAACGUAUACAUUUCUCAAUUCUCUCGCAACGACAACCGAGGGCGAGAGAAGAAGGGUUCGAGACAGUUGACCAGACGGGGGUGAGACAGUUCUGCCCUGUCUCACCCUGUCCAUCAUCCAUCCAGGACCACGUUGGGCCCUGGUUAGAUCGGGGCGGCGGGGAUGGUGCACGCGGCGGGGUGCGGUGAAAAGUGACGAUGGGCCCGCGCGAGGCGCGGCAGCCAGCAAAGACGUGGUGCGCGGCGUCGAUCGUUGGUUCGCUCGACGAUGCAGUGAUCGUGGUUCCCGUGGAGAAGUGAAAGGACGGGAGGUACGAUGCAUCACUCCGGCGGAACCGGUUACGGGACCGGUCCCCAGGAGAGGGUGCACCAGGCGCCGCGAGCAGCCGGCCAACCUGACAAGUGCCCGUACGAGACCUACCAGGCGCAGAUACCCGACUGCUGUGCGGCCGCAGCCGCGGUCCAGGACCCGUACCCACGCCCGCCCAGCGGAUAUGAUGGCAGGUGCUACGACGAGUGUCAUCGCAGGACCCCUUACCAGGAGGACGCCUAUCCUCAGGACGUACCUCCGAGCUUCCAUCGGCCCCAGUCCAGGCUGGGAUACGAGGAGCGUCCCCAAUCUCGCGUGGGAUACACCUCGGAUUCCAGGUGCGCCAGCGGGCUCGGAUACGACGACACCGGUGGCGGAUACCUGGACCAGACCGAUCCCAGGAUGUAUUGCACCAGUGGUUACUGCAUGGGCGAUACAAUGAUGGCGGCGAGCAGGGGUGUCUGCGGGGAGGAGGUCGAGUUGGACAUGAGGAGGCACAUCCAGGCGUGUGCCUGCACCUGCAACCACAUGGGCUACGGGAACUACAUGGACUAUCAGACGACGUGCCUAACAGAACUGCCAGACGUGGCACCGUGCAACGGCACAGUGCGACUGCCACCACCGUGCGAGGAUUCGCCGAGCAGCGGUAGCAGCAAAGAUCGGAGGGAAGAGAGUCCUCGCAGGAGGUGCCGAGUAUUGGCGCCCAUCUUGCUCCUAGUCGCGGCUCUCCUCCUCGGGGGGCUUUGUCUACCAUUGCUUCUACAAUCCGCGCCUGUCACGCAUCAGCAGAGGCUGGACGUGAUCAGGAGGAUCCUCACUGAAGUGCCUCUGAUCGACGGGCACAACGAUUUGCCCUGGAACGUCAGAAAGUUCGUACACAAUCAACUCGGCGAGGUGAAUCUGAGCAGCGAUCUCGGAAGGGUUGAUCCUUGGGCCAGAUCAGACUGGAGUCACACGGACAUUCCUAGAUUACGAGCUGGUCUGGUCGGUGCACAGUUUUGGUCCGCCUACGUUCCAUGCGGUGCGGCACAGUUGAACGCGGUUCAACUUUCCUUGGAACAGAUCGACGUGAUCCGCCGCCUCGCCGAGAUGAAUGCUCAACAUUUAACUUUGGUUACCUCCGUAAAAGGUCUCAUCGAGGCUCAUCGAGAAGGGAAAAUCGCAAGUCUUAUAGGGGUGGAAGGUGGUCACUCCCUUGGAAAUUCCUUGGGUGUUCUCAGGACAUUUUACGGCCUGGGCGCGAGAUACCUUACCCUGACGCAUGCUUGCGACACUUCCUGGGCAGUCUGUUCAGUUGGCGAGACGAACAGUACCCAGGAUACGACGCCAGGCCUCAGUGAGUUUGGAAAGGCAGUUGUCAGGGAGCUAAACAGACUGGGAAUGCUAGUGGAUCUCUCUCAUGUCUCGACAAGGACUAUGAGGGCAGCCCUGCAAACGACGAGAGCGCCGGUGAUUUUCUCUCACAGUGCUGCCAGGGCACUCUGCAAUUCCACCAGAAAUGUGCCAGACGACGUGCUUAGAAAUCUGGCUAAAAAUGGCGGUGUGGCAAUGGUUCCGUUUUAUACAUACUUCAUAACGUGCAACAGUACAGCCACUAUAAAGGACGUUAUUGCGCACAUCAAUCACAUUCGAAAGGUGGCGGGGAUCGAUCACGUUGGAAUAGGAGCCGGCUUCGACGGGAUAAAUUUCACUCCUACCGGGUUGGAGGACGUUUCGAGGUAUCCUCAGUUGUUGGCAACACUGCUCGAGGACCCGACGUGGACCGAGGACGAUAUCAAGAAGUUGGCUGGCCUCAAUUUGCUGAGGGUGUUCGCCAAGGUCGAGCAGGUACGAGACGAAUGGCACAGAGCGGCAGUGUUGCCAGAGGAGAAGAUCAGUCCGCCGGACAAUUCUGCCUGCGUCUACGGAGCGUCUUGAUCUUCUUUGAGGACGCUCGCAUCAGGAUUCCUCGAUUUUGUACGAUCGCCGAAGAUUCGACACGUCUCGUGGAACUAUAGGAGCCUGUAAACGUGCGGGAAUUGGAUCGGAUCGCCCCACCCUGAUAACAUCUUUUCGAGUUUUCCUGGGGAUCUCGAUCGCGCCUUACGAAGGAUGAAAAAUUGAGAAAGAGCGUACACGAUCCAUCCGUGAAAACUGAUAAGAUCGAGGGCAUGUGCCGAACGAUCAUCUUCAGAACAAGUUCAAUUUUCUCGCCGACGUUCCGCUCCCAUUCCGUUCAUAAAUUAUGCGAUUCCAUAUUUCUGAUCAUUUUUCAAGAGCUGUAGAACAAUUCACCUCUGUGUAUACGUAUCUGUGCAACAAAUUAACCAUUUAUUUGCUGCUAUUUCAAUAGCUGGAUAUGUUCGUCCAUGUCCUCACAGAAUUAUUUUUGAGAAUUUUUUUUUUAACUUUCAUUUUUCCUUUAUUAUUAAUUGCAUUCAUUUCAGAAAUCAACCUCGUGAUAUUUUCUUGAUCAAAAUGUAUUUUUUUGAUCGAGAAACUGAGUUCUAAUUUAUUAAGAAUAUAUUAAGAAAUAUUUUAUAUUUAGUUUUUGUGGGGAUGUAAGUGAUGAUCGAAGCAGAGAUUUUUAUUAAUUAAGCAUGUAUUCAUCUGUGUGGAAAUGUGAACUUGUUCUGAAGAAAUGCAUGCUGAACGAAUUCUAAUUCGUAGAAAGAAAAAGCGUUCCUGAAUGAAUAACUUAUAAUGAUGCGGACAAUCGAGGCGGCCAAGAAUGCUUGCUGGAAAAAGCAUUUAUUUCGAGAAUAUUCGUAAAGAAGGAAGAAAAGAAUAUUCUCCUGACAGAAUUUCAAUAAAUGUUUUUCGAUACUUCUACCUUGGAAUAAUUAUAUAAGAUCUGAAGCGAUGGAUACUAUAUUAAGUGGUAUGCAUUCAAAUGACGAUUAGAAAAAGAUCUAUCGUUCAACGAUCAAAUGAUACAUUGUUAAAUUUUACGUUAUAUUGUUUAUCUUCUAACUUAAUGAAUUAUCAAAUUUCCUUGAAGGAGAAUAAUUGAAAUAUCGAAUGAUGAAAAAAUUUUUAUCAAUACUUUCUUUUUUAUUUUUCUGAUAAAUUUACACUCGAUUUAAAAAUUUGUCUCGUAGAAGAAAAUUUUAAGAUCAAUGAAAUUAGCGAAGAUUAUAUGUAAUCAUAUGUAGAAUACAAUCUUACAAAAAUAUAAACGAUCAUUUGAAUGCUUGCUUCUAAAGUAAUAUCAAUUUAACAAGUGCGCUUAAGACCAAGGAAUUAAACGAUGGAAAAUAAGAAGAAGAAAAAAAAAAAGGGAAGAUGCGAAGAAGUAGAAAAAAAAAAUCGACGAGAUGAUGAAACUUUUGUAAUAUUUAACUAGAAAUUUUUCGAACCAGAGAAUCACAGAAACUAAUAUUUGCGUAUAUUCGAUUGUUUCAAGCUUUUUAGAGUUUCUAUAUUUACAAAUGGCAGAGAGAAUUUUGUCGUAUAGAGCUCGUUGCCAAAGACCAUUAAAAUGAAAGACUUGUUCGUCACUUAUUGAAUGUUUCCAAUCCUUCGACUGAGAUCCUUGAAUACUGUUCUUAUAGCGUUUAUUAUAACGAGGCUUCUAUUACACAUGCAUGACGCUAUUAUUUCACGCCACUGCUUGUUCAUUUGUAAAAGGAACACUUUAUUAGAACUGCGAGUAUCCGGGAUAUUUUUGAUAUUCGAAUAUCCAAUUAAUUUUAUCGAAUAUAUACAAAUAGAGUUGAUAUUUUAUAUAUGAGAAAACUCAACAAUAAUUCAAUAAUUAAAAUUGUACUUAAACUUAUUAUAUUGAUAUUAGUAGUAAUAUUUUAGAAAACAUUUUUGGAAAAUAGUAGAUUCAAUGAUAAAAUGAUGUCGUUAGUUAGCUUAAUAAUUGAAGAUUUUUAAAAAUUCCUUUUUUUUAUAAAAUAGGAAAAUAGGAAAAAUAAGCUAAAUUAUUUUCAUUUAUAUAUCUUUAUUUAAAUAAAUUUACGUACUAUAAAUAUAUAUAUAUAAAUGCAUUUUUAUGUUAUCAUAAAAAUUUAUAAUUAAUUUUUUAUCAAAUAUUAAUAAUAUUAAUAACAAUAGACGCAUAUACGAUACAAUAUAAUUUUAAACAUUCGAUCAAAUUUGGAUAUUCGAAUAUCGUCUCAAUUAGAUGAAACAUCAAGGAUCCGGAUAAAUUGGCAGAUCUGUUUAUUACGCUCACCAAUAUUAAACACUGCCAAGCCACUUUGUACUGAACCAUUACGACACACACGUGAAACUAUAAUUGCCAAAUUCCCUUUUCGAUAUAGUAGUCGAGACGUAGCAAUAAACAAUUUUUAGUCGGUAAAGUCGUAAAAAUAAAGAACUCGGGAAUGUGAGGGAACGUACUUCCACAUAUCUAGAAAAUGGCAACUCUUUGUGGGAUGUAACUGAAAUUAGAUGCUCGAAUGGAUGAUACUUGAAAAGAACAAAAGAGGGGGAAAAAGAAAAUUUCAUCCGGUUUGCCAAUCGCUCUCGAACAUUGUCCUAAAAUCAUUCAAGAUCUACUAAGAAAUGGUGUAGCGAACAAUCAACGAGAAAAAAAGAAAAAAAGAAGUGGAGAAAAAAUCUGAACGUAUAUAUAUAUAUAUAUAUACACAAAUUGCAAGAAUAAUUGCACAAGGAAACGAGUUGUGGGAUAUAAAUAUCGGAUCAAUUACUAUUGUCUCGAAGACAUUGUAAAUAAUAUUGCGUCGUGUGCUCGCAUACAUCAAAUAUUACACCGAUUUCCCUAGCGGUUUACUCGACGAAGAGAUCAACUCUCGCAAGCGAUCUUUCUUUUUAUGUAAACGGCAUUUUUCCAUUAUCGACUUUGUAACGAUAUCACGGAAUAGAUAGCGAGAUGAGAGAAAGAGAGAGCGGUCGAUUGAUCAAAAGGUUGAAAAAGAAGAAAAAAAAAGAGAGAGAGAGAAUAAUGAAGGAAAAGAGGCGCAGCGAAGAAGAAGAUGCGAAUGAUGAUACCGAAAACUAGCGUAGACUGUCCUAGCUUGUAACGAACAUUUCGACUUUUCUUACUUUUUUCCGACGUGGAGAACGCGUGCGAGAAAUUUUUAGGUACCUGUAAUUAACAUUGUUAACGACUAUACAUAUAUAUUAUAUACAUAUAUUAUAUAUAUAUAUAAAAGAAACCAAGGCGCCUUCGACGACUCGCACCACCAUUCUGUACGAACCUUCGACAGAGGAUUGUUAGGGGAUCGUGGAGGAGAGAGGAUUAACGAAGAUUCGUGGUCAAACCUUUUUUUUUUUAAAUGUGAACGCGCGUGUCAAAGGAUAUCGGGAGAAAUAUCGGGUUAGAUGAAAAUAUCUGAUACUGCAUUAUACGAAUAUUCGUUAAUUCGAUCGACACGAGAGAUAUUGAGAUACACAGGUCGUUAGUGGAAGCUUUUUUUUUCCUCGUAAAAGUAAAAAAAAAGAAAUAAAAAAAAAUACGUACGCUUGCGUUUUCCUCGACGUUGACAAAGGAUGGAGAGAUCGGCGAGCAUAAUUUAUUGUCUACGAUAAAAUAACAUUUUAGCGAGGCAGCAGGAUCCUGUUGAAUGAACUUUUAGCAGCAAUAACACUGAUAACCGCCACGUAGUGAAAAAAGAUUAAGUAGUGUAAAAGACCAAUAGGACGAUAUUUACGAUUUCUAAUUCGUAAAGAGUAAGUCUAGCACGUUAAUAUAUUGAUUGGAUCGAUUGGUUGGGAAAUAUAUAUAUAUAUAUACACACGUGAUAUUACAGAUUAUUAACAGAUUAGCAAUUUCGAAUUUGUAAUUUGACCGAUUAAUUCAGAACAAUUGGCAAUUAAUAUUUUCGAAAUUAUUCAAAUCUAUCGGGCAUUGUUAAUUGACUGAUAUUAGAUUUGAAUUCGUAAAUCAGAUAGUAAUUUCAUAAUAGAGAAAAUUUUAAUUAUGAUACAAUUCUAUUUUCAAAUAAUAUUUAAUUUUAAAUAUUAAUACACGAGUUUCUUCCGAAUGGUAAAAAAUAAUUUGUAAAAAGGUAUACUAUACCCUUAAACUUUAGAAAUAUGAUUUAAAAUUUGUAUCGUUAUUACUUUCUCCAAAAUUAGAAUUGACCAACAAUUAUACGUUAUAUGAGUAAGAUCACUCGCAAUAUUGAUCUUGAUAAAAAAUAUCAAGAUUUAAUUAAAAUCGGUUUAUUCUCACUUAUAAUAAUCUAUCUAUAUGAUCUUUGAUAUUUUUAAUUACUCUAAUUUUCUUAUAUAAAAAAAAAAGGAGAGAAGGAGAAGGACAAAGAUAUAUCUCUCAAACGAUCGAUUCGAUGUCAGUACAUUGCUCAAUACCAUUGAUCGGGACAUGGAAAUGGAAACAAGACUCACUCUUGUGUUUACGAUAGCGUUACAAACCACACGACUCAUGGAAUUAUUCAUUCACGUGUAGACAAAAAUAAUACCGUUCUAGUUUCGUAUAGCCGCAACGGUGUAUUCUUUGUAUAAACAGAAAAAAAAAAUAGCGGAUGAAGAAGGAAGGAAGGAAGGGAAAAAACGAAAUCAUUCGAAAAAAAAAGAUAAAAAAAAAAAUAUCGCCGGAAGUAUAUAAGGUCUCGAAGCCGCAUGAGAUGCCGAAAAUAUGAAGUAAUUUCGAAUCGACUCGUGGGUGGAGGAAACUCUAGAUAAUCAUUUCGAGGGUGCAUGCUGAUACGUGUGGAUGAUACGGGAUGGAAGAAUGAGAAAUAUGAUUAAAGUAAAUCGUAAUAAUCAAGGAAAACGUAGCACGAAUUGAAUCAAUUCGAUAUUCUCGAGCUUUCUCGAGGAAGGGAGAUGUUCGAAAAAUUGAAGAUAUCAAUCUCACAAUUUAAUUUCACUGUGGAACGCGUAUAACGAUAUUAGCUACGAUAUUAAAAAUUUGAUCACAGGUCGCAAUUUCCUUUUUCGUGAAAUCGAUGUCGAUAUCAGCGUUUUUUUUUUCUCUCUCUCUCAAAUUAAGUUCAAAUAUCGAAUUGAAAUCAUGUUGUCGUUCGUGUGUUCAUUUCCUACGAAUCUAAUGAGUAGUGAAACGAUCGAUUCAUCACGCAUGCGUAGAUGAACCUUCUUUUUCUGAACCGAUUUAGCAUUGAAACGAGAGGCCAAAAUCAAUCGUUCGUGUAAUGGGCGAAAGUAUAUCGUUUGAACGUAUAUGAGGGAGAGAGGCGUCUGUGUAUGAGAGUGUGUGUGUGUGCGUGUGCUCGAGAGAAAAAGAGAGAAAGAGAGAGAAAGAGAGAGAAAGAAGAACCUUAGAGAUAAAUCUUAACGUACAUAUAAACAUACAACACACAACUGCCUAGAAACUCAGAUUAAUAAUAUUGUAACUUACUAUAUUAUAUACAAUUACAACCGACAUGUCCAAACGCACAAAGGGGCAAGUUUGGCAAGACGAGAAGACAUGUAAAUAGGAUAUUAUCGAGAGGUGUAAUCCACAGUUGUAUAUAACAGGGGAAACGAAGAGGGAUCAGUUUCGAGAACUGAUGAGAAUCGGAGAGGAAACUCGAAGCUCGUUUUCUGUCUUAUCUACGGCUACGAUUUUUCACUUUAUUCCUCGAGAGAAUGUGUUUAACAUUUACGAUCAUUCGGAGUGGGAAAUGGAAAAUUCGUAAGCCAAUGUGUUAGAAGGGGUGAAUAGACGAAGUUACAGAAUUGCGAGUUUUCCGUGUUUUAAUUGGGUGAAAAUGGGAUUUAUAUAUCUCGUUGGGCGCAUAAAAUUUUUACCUAGUGUUGAACGAUCGAAUAUUUAUUGUAAAAAAGUUUGUAAAAUGUUUUUAAAAAAGAAUUUUAUUGUAUUUAUAUAGAAGCGUGAGAGCACUUAGAUUGAUAAAAAGAUUAUUUGGUUUUGCAGAUUUUUAAUAAUUGUUAUUCGAAUAUGUUCACAGAACUUGAUGCUGCAACUUCGUCCGUUAAUCUUUUCAAACUAUGAAAAUAAAUAGUCGAACGCUCGAGAUAAAGCGUGUGAAAUAAUUAAAGAUUUUAGAUGAUUUAAUAAUGUUUCGAGAGAGAGAGAGAGAGAGAGGGAGAGAGAGAGGGAGAGAGAGAGAAAGAGAGACAGAGAGAGAAAGUGAGAGAGAGAGAGAGAGAGAGAGAAAUUUAAACCAGAUAGAAAACAUAUAUUAACGUGUUUAAUAAUAUUAAAAAGUUCACCCUACGGAUAUAUUUUUAUCUUUUUUCCAAUUUGUGAUAACCUACCCUGUUUAAAUCAUCAAUAAAUCAUUCUUAUUUAUUAUCUCGUUUAUUUUUAAUUCGAUUAAUUAUACGUUACAUAUUCAAAUCACACCUCGUGCUUUAAUAAAAUAUGUAUAAUCUUCCAACGGACUAGGAUUUUUAGCAUCUACGAUCGAUCAUAUUUUUAAUAUAAUGAAUAUAAAAAAAAAAUGCGAAUUGUCUCGAGCUAUUCGACGAACAACGCACGCGAAAAAUCUUUUUAGAUGAAUUUAAAUUAAUAAAUGAAGCAAAAAGAGUUUACGAGGUAAAAAGAGCAGCUAUUUACGAGAGAAAUUGUGCGACGGAGAGAGAGAGAGAGAGAGAGAGAGAGAUUGUAAAGAAGAUGUAUGAGAUGAGAAGAAAGAUAGAGAAUGAGAGAAUGAGAGAGAGAGAGAGACAUACGAGAAGAAUGUAUAGGCGAUUAUUAAAGAGACUAUGAGAAUUAAGAUGAUAUAGAAAGUUUUAAUAAAUUAAUUAUUAACGCUACAAGCAAGAGACACUAUUGAUACCUAUUACCUAAGGAACAUAGUAAAUUUACGAGCAUGUAUGCAAAACAUUUACACUACCUAAUACUAUACAAUCGAUUCAAAAAUUUAAAAACUCAUACAUACAUACAUACAUAUAUACAUACGUACAUAUACACAAGAUAGAAAAGGAUGAAAAAUAUGCAAAAUACCGCGCGUAAAUGAAUUAAUACGUUCGCUACCAUACGUUUGAGGGAAAAUUCUGUCCCGAGUUUUGCUUUGAUUAUAAUAAAAAAAAAAAAUACGAAAAAAAAAUACGAAUAAAAGCGAGUAAAAAGUUUGUAAGAAAUUAAAAAAAAAAAAAAGAAACUAAAGCGUCGUAUAAUAAUAUAUGCGUGGCAGCGAACAUGUUAAUCUCCAUUCGACUCGAGAUCGAUACAAUUAACGAACAUGAAACAGACACAUAAGACUAAGGUUACUUGCUAUUACGUAUAUAAAAAAUAUAUAUAUUAUAUAAAUAAAAAAAACAAAUAUAUAUAUAUAUAGAAGUGAGGAAUGAAUGAAGAAUGCGAAAACGAGGAAGAGAUUGAGCGAACGUGAAGGGAAGUAAAUGGAGGAUUUUUUUAAAAAUAAAUAAAAAAGAAAAAAAUCGUCGGGCCAAUUUCUCGCGAGUUGAUUAUUCGGCUCGAAAAAGUGAAUGGGCUCCGACUGGACUUUAGAGAAACAUCCAAAAGUGAUACGUUAUUUAUCGAUAAUUUUUAGUUAGGCCCAAUGGGGUGAAUCUUAGAUCGUGUAAUAAACCAUUAUAAUUUUAGGGACUUCGGUUUGUUUGAUGUUGAAGAACCCGCGGAAGAACGUUGAAUCGAUCGUCGUGGACUCGUACACACAACAGACCACUAAAAUCGAAUGAUGUUUAUUAGAAUAUCGGAGGCCAUCGCGUUCCUAUUCGAAAUUAUUUAUUUGAUCUGGAUCCGUUCUGAGGAGAAGCGCGCAAUUUCGGUUCAACAGCGAGUGAUUCAUCAUUGCGCGAUGUGUAGUCGAUUUUGUUUAAUCGUUUUUUUUUUUCUUCUUCUCCUUUUCUUUUCUUAGAACGUGAGUCAAACACCUCGAAUCCUACUCUUUGAUGUGCAGCAUGGUGCACAGAUGAAAAUUAAACCCCGGGUUAGAUACACAAAUACGGAACUAUGGAGAAAAAUAUUUUUUUUUCCCCCGCAAGUAUAUUUCCGUUCUAUUAACUUCGCGAAAAUACUUUUCUCGCUGAUUUUGAUGUAGACUAGAUAUUUCGCGCCAAUAAGAUUUAAUAUUUUUAUUCUUAAUUUGUCGAGUAUUUUUUUUUUUAUUAUAGAGUUAUUAUGAUAUUUUGAAUUUCUGAUUUAGUAGAAAUAUCAAUAAUAAGGGAUAUUCUUUCCUUUAAGCAACAAUAUUAUUAACAAUGAAUCGAAUUAAUUUACUUUCUCAAUUACAAGAAUUUUUCCAAAAUAUAAUUACAGGAUAAAAAUAUAUCUGAAUAUCUGAAUAUUUAAAUAUUAUUGUCAAAAAUAAUCAUUUGGAGCAAGUUGUAUAGACGUAACGCGAAAUGUGUCAAAAUAUCUCGUACUUUUGGAGGGAAAUUUGAAAUAAUUGAGCAAAAGUAAAAUGAAAAUGGUCUCGAAGUUUGACAAACAGAUUCGAUUUUAUGUGUGGACAAAAGGUAAUCACGUCUCGCGUGAUAAUGAUUCACGCGAGAGAAAUAGAAUUUAAUGAAUCGAACGAGGACAAAGGCGAUAGCGAUGACAACGACGAUGAUUUUAUCUAUGUUAAUCUAGAAGACAUUGCUGGAACAAUGAUUUGUACGCCUUCUAUGAAGGACCGUAGAAUACAUUAUGUUACCUAAUACUCGUAAGCACGCAUUAUCUAAUAAACAUUAUUUACAAAACGAA